AUAGAACUUCCUGUCAGGGAAUGAGGGCAGUUUUGCUUCAUAAUUCAGUAGAAAACUUGAACCAGGUCAAAUAGGUUCCUUGGAGAGAUCCUGAACUCUCAUUAACUCUUGCAGAAGAAGAUCUGCGCAUUCAGAUCUUUAGAGUCACGUUGCCUCGACAUGGCUGGCCAGGGAGACACUGAACUGAGGAUCAUUCUGGUAGGGAAGACUGGAAAUGGGAAGAGUGCUACAGCCAACACCAUCCUCGGGAGACGUCAAUUUGAUUCUAAGAUUUGUGCCAAUGCUGUUACCAAGACCUGCCAGAGAGCAUACAGGAGGUGGAAGGGGAAAAACCUUGUUGUAGUCGACACUCCUGGGCUCUUUGACACCAAGGAGACCAUGAAAACCACAUGUUUAGAGAUCAGCCGCUGCAUCCUCUACUCCUGCCCUGGGCCUCACGCCAUUAUUCUGGUUUUGCGACUGGACCGUUACACUGAAGAAGAGCAGAAAACGGUCGCUCUGAUCAAGGGUCUUUUUGGAGAGGCAGCCCUGAAGUACAUGAUCAUCUUGUUUACUCACAAAGAAGAACUUGAGGACCAGAGCCUUGAUAAUUUUGUAAAUGAAGCGGGUGAAAAGCUCAAUAGUAUUGUCUCGCAGUGUGGGAAGCGCUACCUGGCCUUUAAUAACAAAGCAGCUCUGGAUGAGCAAGAAAAUCAACUACAGCAGCUGAUAGAACUGACAGAGAAAAUGAUGACCCAAAAUGGCGGAUCCUACUUUUCUGACAAGAUAUAUAAGGACAUAGAUAGCAGGCUGAACCAAUGUCUAGAGGAACUGAAGGAGACUUAUGCUCAACAACUCACUAGUGACAUCGAAAGAAUAAAAAAGGAAUAUGCUGCUAAAUUAGAAAAAGAAAAGGCGGCACAAAUUGUUUUCGCACAGAGAAAUCAUGAUGAAAAAUUAAGAAAUUUGAAGGAAAAGGCUGAAGAGACUAUAUUUAUGUAUAUUUUCCAAAAGAUAAAAGAAAUUCUUUCAAAACUUUGGGACGAGUUGUGGUAAAUUUAAUUUAUUUAUUUUUAUUAAUGACAUUUGUUUUUGACAAUUUCAUACAAGCACACAUAUAAUGUGUUCUGAAUAUAUUAAUGACUUGCUUGGUGCUGGAAGCCAUGGCCUUGUGGACAUUUUCUAGCUUACAUAAACAAUCCUGACAGAACAUUCGUGGUCAUAACAAGAAGAAUGUUUGUGGGUAAAAAGGACACGGUGACCGUUGUCUCCAGAACCUGAAGAUUGCCACCUGACCUUCGGAGAGACCCCAGACUCUUCCCUCAUCCCUUGAAGCCUCCUCUUGCUUAUGCUCAUAUUGCUACUCCUGAAUAAAGUUUUUCAGAGCUUGA